AUGAGCCGUCGCCAGAAUGGCGGGUCGAAGUCUGCCAACCCAGAGCAGCAGCUGCGUCAGGAGGCGGCCAUCUUUCUAUCCCCUGAGGUGGAGGACGAGUUAGCUCAAAUCCUGCAGCGGCGUGAGAGUAUCGAGAGGGCGCUGCAGCGUAUGGACGUGGAGGUGUAUGACUUAGAGACCGCAUUCCUGAAGCAUUGCGUGUCGCAUGGCGGCUCACUCUUCGACGGAUUCGGCCUGGAGCGCCGCGAUAAUGCGCACCGCAACCCUGUGGCCGUCCUCACCCCACUCGCGACCUCUUCAUCGUCGAUUGGAGGAGGAGGCUGUGCGAUUGCGCCACUCGGCACGGAGGCCAUUUCAGGCUUCUCGCCAAGCUCUCCGGUGCUCUCCACUGUCGCCAACGGCGAGCACGCGCGCACUUAUCGUGUCCUUUCCAGCCUUUUCGGUGCCGGUGGGGCUAGUGGAGGAGGCAACGGCGGCGCAGCUGCAGAUCUGGCUGUCGCCUCGCACUCUCCGACGUCACUGAAAGCCGUUGGCAGCGUUGCACCACCUUCCACAGCCGCGGCCGUCUUUCAGGUCGGCAGCAAAGGGUCGACGGCACCCGCGUUUCACUACCGCAUUCACUUUUUCAGCCCCAGCGAGCGUGUGUUCUCAGCGUGUUCUGUCGGGGCGCUGAGUCGAGUGGAGAUUGCCAAGUCGACCCUUGCCGGAUCGAGGGGUGCGUCGACCUCCUCGACGUGGUCGACAACCGCUGCUGCAGGAGGGCGCGGCAGAGGCUUGGGAAAACGCGGCCGUUUUAGUAGUGGCGAGGAUGAGCUCAGAGGCGGCAGGAAUGGUACCGCAUCGCUCUCGAGCGCGUUGGACAGGCAUUCCAAUGCGCCACCGUCGCGGCGACAUCAACGAUACGCGAAGGAAGAAGAUGAUGUCGAUGAUGACGGUGCUGCAGAGAACGGCAGCGACGAUCGUCGCCGUCGACGUCGUCAGACCGAGUAG